GCCAAGGCAAAUGCAGGUGUCUAGCAUCGAUUUUAACAUGGGUCCAGAACCAGUUUUACAAAGAGGGGAGACGACAACCAGCAUUGGACGGAUAAAACCUGAGCUUUACAAGCAAAAAUCUGUGGAUUCCGAAGGCAAGCAAGAGGACGUGAAAACCUGUGGGAAACUCAACUUUACUCUCAAAUAUGAUUAUGAAAACGAACUGCUUUUGGUCACUAUCGUUAAAGCUUUGGAGUUACCAGCUAAAGACUUUACGGGAACGUCAGACCCGUAUGUGAAAAUCUACCUUCUUCCAGACAGGAAAAAAAAGUUUCAGACGCGGGUUCAUAGGAAGACUUUAAACCCUGUCUUUAAUGAAACUUUUCAGUUUCCCGUGGCCUAUGAUCAACUUUGCAACAGGAAGCUACAUUUCAGCGUGUAUGAUUUUGACAGGUUUUCUAGACAUGAUAUGAUUGGGGAAGUUAUUCUUGAUAACUUUUUUGAAGUUUCUGAUCUAUCUAGAGAGGCUACAGUAUGGAAAGACAUCCAUUGUGCCACUACAGAAAGCAUUGAUCUGGGCGAAAUCAUGUUUUCCCUCUGCUACUUGCCCACUGCAGGGAGGAUGACCCUGACAGUCAUCAAAUGCCGAAAUCUCAAAGCAAUGGAUAUCACUGGUUCAUCAGAUCCUUAUGUCAAGGUCUCUCUGAUGUGUGAUGGUCGACGCCUAAAAAAGAGGAAAACAACCACAAAGAAGAACACUCUCAAUCCCGUAUACAGUGAAGCUAUAGUUUUUGACAUUCCUCCUGAAAAUGUGGAUCAAGUCAGCCUGUCCAUUGCCGUCAUGGACUAUGACCGAGUAGGGCACAAUGAAGUGAUCGGGGUAUGUAAAACCGGACUUGAUGCAGAGGGACUCGGAAGAGACCACUGGAAUGAAAUGCUGGCGUAUCCGCGCAAACCAAUAACUCACUGGCAUCCAUUAUUAGAGGCUUCCUGGAGGCAUCAAAUUGGCCAAAGUGAGAAGCAGGAUGCGGGACUUCGUGGACCUUGAUUCAGUAGGUCUUUUCUUAUUUUCUUAAAAUGUAUCAUCUGUUCCAGUUGCCAGGCCGAGCAACCAGCUUUGACAGUCAAGGAUCCUGUUCAUCGCCAAAACCACGACUUACACCCUAGACUGAACAUCGGUGUAACAUUCGCACCAUAACCAUGUACAGCUGGAGGUUUGGGUCGAACUCAUGACCUGCAUCAUCGUCAUUGUUAUUAUCUGCUGUGCCUCCACAGCAGGGGUCGGCAACCCAUGGCUCUGGAGCUGCAUGUGGCUCUUUCAUCCCUCUGCCGUGGCUCUCUGUCACCAGUCGGCCCCGCAAUUUUGAAGGAGCGCCCAGUUGGGGCGGGGAAGCAUGGCGCGCCAGGAGGAGACUCUCAUUCAAGGGGCGGGUUUUCCAGUCGGCUCCAAAAUUGAUAGGGCUU